CUCUCACGACCCACUGGAGUUUCAAAACCAUUAUGGCACCCGUCACUCUUCCACCGAGUUUCUACAACUCGUUCUGGUCCCCUGACUACCGAUCUGGCCUUCAAGUCUUGUUCCAUAACCUCGAGCAGGGAUGUAAAGAAGACCGAGACUUGACAGAGUUCAUCGAGUCUCAAGCUGAGGGCAAUCACGCGUUAGCGAGCACUUUACUCUCACUUCCCUCGACAUCCUCUUCCACAUCAGAAUCAUCGUCUUCCCUCCAACAUUCUUUACUGCAAUUACGAGCCGCAUCACAUGCUAGAGGUGAGGCCCAUCGCUCUCUCGCGCAAGAACUAGAUCAGAAAGUCCUCGGAGGUUUUAGACAGUGGAGGGUACGUCAUGAGGAUAGAAUCAAGAUGGCAAAGGAGGAUAUGUUGGCGAAGAAUGGUGUAGUAGGGAUAUGGGAGAAGGAUGUACAACGAUUAAUUUCUCUCAAGCAAGCGUACAUUACUAAAACCCGAGUGGCAGAUGACAGUGAAGACGAUGCAAAAUUUGCUCCACCUACCAACAACGCCGACAUCUACACCUCGUCUCCUGAACCAAGACACGCCCUUCUCCGAAGAUCUGGCACGGUUGCUGAUCGCAUAUCCGAGAAACUCCGUGCUGCCAGCAUAUCCUCUCAUGGUCCUCGAGUUUCCAUAGAUGGAAAAACAUUACCGGCUCCUCCGACUCCCCUUCGUGUGGCAACACCAGUGAACGGGAAUGAUAGUCCUUCCAGUCCUGCGAGAGAAGAUGCUUUUAUACCACCGACUGAACCAGGUGGUAAACCUUUUAUCGGUGGACCGCCUCUUCCACCCAAAGACGGCAAUGCUCAGCUCGAUAAACUACCACCUGAACCGAUGCUCCUCUCCGGAUUGUCACUUACGCCACAAGGGCUGAAAGAUUUGCUUCAACGACUCGACACUUACCUUUUGACCCAUCCCGCUCCAUACUCAGAUGCUGCCGUUAGUCAGACCAGAUCUAAUGCUGCUCUUGCUAGCCGACAGCGCUCUACGAUUCUGGGCACAUAUGAGAAGACGUUUUCCGGUGAGGAAGUCGUAGAAUGGCUCCGAGAGAACGUAGAGGGUUUUGGUGGAGACUGGGAACGAUGCGUGGAAGCCGCUGGUGAAUUAUAUCGUAUGGGACACCUUAGUCGGAUUGGUGUAGGACGAGGCUUCGAGGUCCAAUACGAUACUUUCUACAUCCUCAAGCUAAAUCCUCACGACUCUCCUCUGGUCAACUUCACUUCGCCUCUGUCACCGACGACCGCCAAAGUGCCUGCUCUGUUAAAAGCAUAUCUGCCGAAUGGUCUCAACAGUGACGAACCUGCGCAUGUCCGAGCACGACGCGAUGCCAUCAAAGCUGAAGAGGCAUAUCGUGAAGGUGUCCGUUCUGCGGAGGAGAAACGACUCGAGAUGGAGGAACGUGUCGAGAGAGGGUUGCGCGCAUGGGAGAAAUGGGAGCGGGAGCGGCUCAGCGUGGUAGCGUCGGUCUUGCGGCAAUAUCAGGCGGCUCUUGCUAAACUUCCGCCUCGUCUGGAACAAAUGACAAAGCCAACUUCCCUGUCCGUCGAGGCGUUCAAUCCCGACGCAGAUCUAAAAGCCCUGAUCGAAGGCAACCGCACGGGAUCUUUCAGACCUAGACCACACAUCUACGAAAGUCUCGAAUCUGACAUACCCGAGGUUAAUUUUGGGAUCGACCUGCGACGCUGGGCGGGGGAAUUGGGUUGGAAAUCGAUGCUCAGUGCCCCUGUCAGACCAAAAGGAUCUAUCCCUGAAGUCCUGACCGCUCUCUUGACCGCCCUGGGAAUGAUGUACGCAGAUUUACCCGAUGAGGAGCGACGAAGAGCAUGGAUAUAUGAAGUCCCUCUCAACGAGACUCAUAUGCUCCGAAAUGUACUCAACACUCCGUCCAUGUCUUUGGAAGCUAUGGUGGAGAUGAUCAAAAAGUUCAAUGUCCCCGUUGCAGCUGGUGUCAUCAAGCUCUAUAUGCUUGAGCUCAAUCCUCCUGUCAUGACAUGGGAAGGAUGGGAAGAUGCCAGAGCCGUUUAUCCCGCAGUUGGUGCGGAUCAGGAGCGAGAUAUGACCAGCGCUCUAACGUCUGUGCUGAGCAGAUUACCUAGUAUCUGUCUUUACGUUCUUGAAGCCUUGGUCAAACAUCUUUACGAUCUUGUACAUUCAACUAAAACGGACGAAUCGGAUGAAGUUUACAUCACCAAACUUGCACUUUCCGUCGGACGAACGAUUCUACGACCGCAAUACGAAAAUGAAAUGACAAUUCAAGAUCGAACCUCAUCCCUUUUCCUAGCCGAUCUCAUCACUAAUUAUUCUGAUCUUCUUCCUCCUUUAGUGGAAAAACGUAAAGAAGGCUCAGGUCGACCAAUGCCUGUGAAGAAACGUACUGCUCUGGUGGACCAACGUAUCUCUCGUAGUCGCUUGAGUGGGGAUAUGAAACCUGAAGAAAUACUCGAAGCUCAGUACGCAAGUCACAAAAGGGCCAUUUCACCGCUUCCCGAAGUUAGAGGAUCCGAUGUGAACCCAUUCAGUCUUCCUGAGCUUCCUCCUUUGCCUGAAUCAUUGGCAUUGGUGGAACAGCCUGAAAUACUCGACCUGGAGAAGGCGGUAGAGGUGACCAAUGGGACCAGUGGCAAAGAGUUAAAAGGAGAGAACGAAAGUGUUCAAGUCAUUCCCCCCACUCCUGCACAACAAAUAGAAGAGACAGUCCCUGUCCCAGAACAGCCGGAACAUGAAGCUGUAGAUUCACCAACGGCCGCAUAUCUCCAAUCGAUGGAAGUGGGUCACGAAGAGGGGGAGAGUCCGGUGGUAAGGAACGUAAGUGGGGCAAGUGUUAAACGUGUUACUUCCGGCGAAGCAUCGAGGUUGAGGGGGCCUAGAGGCGCAAGAGGUCCCAGACCAGCUGCAGGACGGAUCUCUCACGCUCAUGAAGAUUCCAGAGAAUCGGCACGUAGUCCUUCCCCUACUCACGAUCAUCCACCGGCUGGAGCAGGUCAUGUUCCAAGGAGAUCAGGUGCUAUACGACAUGGCACUGGAAAAGGCUCUGUGAGUCAGGCUAUAGCUGCGUUUGAGAAGAGAGAUCCAUAGGAGUCACCGUAUCACGAUUGAACGGUAUCUGUAUAUGCAUCUGAUGUGAUCAAAUGUC